AUGCGAAGGGGCGGGAAGGGCGGGCCGCGGCACGAGUUGUCGGGCAGCGAAAGGCAGAGGGGAGCACCUUGGCCGUGGGCGAGGUCCACGGUGGCGAGAUGCACUGCGCAGAUCUCGUGCGAUGUGCAAAAGGCGGACGACGCGAUUUCAGAUCCGCAAAUGCUCCGGGGUGGGGGCCAGUGGGUCCGUGAAGGAGACCGGGCCGCGGCUCAGAGAAAACCUCACGAUGUGAAGGUACGCGAUCGAGCGCGGUUUCGCGGCUUGAUGGAGAUGACGAACGGGGUGAACGGCGAGGACGGGGACGAAGACGGGGACGCACGGGCAGAGGCGCGGCGGUUGGUAGAGCACGACGUAGUGCGCGAUGACGUUGCGCUCGACGCUUCCGGACGCCGUGCGCGGUGGUGGGCGAUCGUCGACAAGACGGGCAGAGACCGCGGCGCCUUCUCGCACGCGCGCGGUGAUAGGCGCUCCCCACGCCGCAAUGCCUGUUUUACGUCUUACGCUCCUCCCGCCUCUGCUCCCACAUCCGUUCUCGCUGCCGCCCGCCCCGCAGCAUCUGUGAGGCUCCAAGUUGUGCAACGCAUCGGGGUCUGCCAUCCGAGACAUGGCGUUCUCGGUGAGGUACGGCACGCAUUGUAUACCACCCCAGGGUUGGCCGAAGACGUGCCUUGGGCUCCUUCGGUCGCACGUACAGGCAUCCCAACAGUUACAAGGGCAGCGUACGAACAGCGGGGAUCUCGCGUUCCGCACGCGGUUGCUGCGUCGGUCCACUACAUAUGUCCAUCGGAUCGCGGCGGGGCGGAGGUCGAUCUCAUUGGGAACCACGAGUCACGACUGCGAAUUCGCGAGGGAUGGCAAGGCAGCGUCGAGGAUCGACGGAGGACCAACAUCGGCCAUCCCUUCUUCGUGCCAGAUGCGACGGGUGCAUGGACGCCCGGUCGCAUUCACACGCAGAACCCCCUCGGCCUCGACCUCCCACCGCGCGCGUGCGAGAGGCCAUUGGUCGAUAACGACAGGAGACGACAGCGUGGGUGGGCGACACGCCAAGCCCGGAACAUCGCACCCUCCGCAUACACACACAUUCAUCUCAUGUCUGUGCCCUGGCCUCGUCCGCGGGACUCGAGGGACGACAUUCAUUCGGAGCGGGAGGUGCUAGAAGAGCAGUCUCACACGGUUCGCGGCCGGCCUGCGACGCGCCGUCGAGGCAUCAAACCUUUUCAUUUUCGCACUCUCGGCUGCGUCGCCCGCCCGCCGACGACGGGCACGCCGCGGACCCAGACCCUCACGACCGUCCCGCCGGCGAAGUUUUCAGCGCCCCGUGUUGACGUCCCAAACCGUCGUCGCCCGCCUCCCGUCGUCCGCAUCUCCCGGAUCGCCAGCCUAAAUCCUCCGCCACCAUCAACGUCAGCUGCGCCACGCCACACCAGCGCGCCGGACCCCGAGCAUCACAACCGUGGUCGCAUCGCCGCGCACGCGCCCAGCUCGCCCCGCCCACAGACGCCCGUGGGUGUCGAGUUCCAAGCAUCACGUCCCGCCCUCCGAGUCCCCGCCCUCUGUCCCCCAGUGCCGCUCGUCGACUCCGAGCGUACAGCGGCCCGAGAGGCUCCAGACGAAUAUACUCAGAGCACGAUCACAUCCAUGCCCGCGCCGCCGUCUUCGCCCGUCGACGAAGGCAAAGAUGGCGCACCGGAUCAAGCGCGACAAGACCUCGAGCGGGCGUCGAUCCCGCGCCGUCCCGGGCAGCUCCCGGAGCCCGUUGCUUUCGUCACCGCGGGCUUAACGGCUCUCCGACGCUUCAAGAGCACACCAAAGCACGGAACGCGCAUACCUUGGGUGGACGGCCGCGUGCGAGAGGGUCGAUGCGGGCCCGCCGGCGUCGGGUCCCGCAGGGGAUCUGACGAGGGCUCGGUCGUGCGCUCUCCUGGAGACGACACUGGACGUGCCGAGGUGGUUGACUUGGAAUGCGGCGCUGGGUUUUCUCCAAACACCUGCCUUGGCAUCUCGCUCAGUCCCGGCCCAUCUCUGCUCCAAGAUACCGGCGAUUCGUGGGGAACGUGGAUCGCCCGCGGGCUCGAGCCAGCCGCGUCUGGACACGACGAUCUCCCUCGCGGUCCAAACCCAAACACACCGCCGCCUGCGCCUCGGCCCGUGCCGCACAACUCGCGUUACCUGCGCAUGGGGCUCGGUGAGUUCGCGCCGAGCGCGGCCGGAAGGGGGGGGCUCGAUCGACUGGCUGGUGGCCGAGCGAAUAGAAAAGGUCUUGUGCCUGCGUUGGGACGGACGUCGGGAGUAUGCCGAUGGUUCGCCGAGCGAACGGGAGACCGUCUGGGACCUCUUCGCCCGGCAGCCGCGCCGCCGCCGCCGACGCGCCAUCACCACCUAUUCGGCUCCGUUAGUCAUGGCGCCCCGCCGCGUCGGCGUCCACGGGCUCCGUCUCCCUCCCCAGCGCAGACGUCCCAAACGCACGGCGAGACGAAAGAAAACGAGCCGUGCGGUGCGGUGAAACCAACCCACACGGCUCGAGGCGUGCAGCCCGCACCCCCGACGCGUCCUCGCGCGCGAGCGGGCCUUCUCCGGCCGAAGGGGGCGCGUCGCGCGUUCUUGCCCUUCUGCGCCCAGCGUCCCAUGGCUCCCUCGCCCCCGCCGCGCGGCGUCCCCCGGCCGGGCCCGGUGCCCCCCUCCGGCCUUCCUCUCCGGCCUCCCUCCCUCCCGCGCCCGCCAGAGCACUGGAGCACGGGAGGCCUCGAGGAGCCGCACUCGCUGGCCGCGACUCGCGGGAGAGCAAAGAAGCCGCUCUCUCGCGGCGCACGUGCGGGUGCACUUGCGAUAACCGCAGCGUCGACCGCCAUCACGCAUCUAGAGUCUCGAGACGUGGGCGGCCACUGGCCAUGGGCUUCUCCCGGGCCUCUGAUUCCCAAUCCCGUCUCCGCGCUCCCAUCGCCCUCCCUUAAUGCAUCCAGACAGAGUCCCACCCUCAUUAACGUAGAGAGUUGA